AACACCACCUUUGCAAAUAAAGAGCAGGUCCACCACAGCAGAUUGCAUCCUCUCCCUGUUCGAGAUCACUAGUGGGCAAAGAUGAACGGCACUGAGGGAAACAACUUCUACAUCCCCUUGUCCAACAGGACAGGUCUAGUGAGGAGUCCUUUUGAGUAUCCUCAGUAUUAUCUAGCCGAACCAUGGCAGUUUAAAGUGCUUGCUAUCUACAUAUUCUUCCUCAUCUGUUUGGGUCUACCAAUCAAUGGCCUUACAUUGAUGGUUACAGCUCAACACAAAAAGCUCAGACAACCUCUCAACUUCAUUUUGGUUAACCUGGCUGUGGCUGGUGCCAUUAUGGUUUGUUUUGGAUUCACGGUCACUUUCUACACAGCAAUUAAUGGCUACUUUGCUCUAGGACCAACUGGCUGCGCAAUCGAGGGCUUCAUGGCCACACUUGGAGGGCAAAUUGCCCUUUGGUCACUUGUGGUGCUGGCCAUUGAGAGAUACAUUGUGGUCUGCAAGCCAAUGGGUAGUUUCAAAUUCUCAACCAAACACGCUUUGGCAGGAAUUGCAUUUACAUGGAUAAUGGCCUUUUCAUGUGCAGCUCCACCUUUGGUUGGCUGGUCCAGAUAUAUUCCUGAAGGAAUGCAGUGCUCAUGUGGACCAGACUACUACACCCUGAAUCCUGAAUACAACAAUGAAUCAUAUGUCAUCUACAUGUUCGUCUGCCAUUUUAUAUUGCCAGUCACCAUAAUCUUCUUCACCUAUGGACGGCUUGUUUGCACAGUCAAGGCGGCUGCAGCUCAACAGCAGGACUCAGCAUCUACCCAGAAGGCUGAAAGGGAAGUGACAAAAAUGGUCAUCCUGAUGGUUUUGGGUUUCCUAGUGGCUUGGACCCCUUAUGCCACUGUUGCUGCCUGGAUCUUCUUUAAUAGGGGAGCAGCUUUCAGUGCCCAGUUCAUGGCUAUUCCAGCCUUUUUCUCAAAGAGCUCAUCCAUAUUUAACCCUAUCAUUUAUGUGCUGCUAAACAAGCAGUUCCGGAGCUGCAUGCUGACCACACUUUUCUGUGGAAAGAACCCUCUUGGCGAUGAGGAGUCCUCAACUGUGUCCACCAGCAAGACGGAGGUGUCCUCUGUAUCUCCAGCAUAGACUGAACUUCUUUCACUAUUAUGUUCUUUUCGCCAAUGACCAAUUUCGGCAUCUUAAAAAAAGGAAAGAAGAAUAGUUGAUGCAUCUCAUUUGGCUUUGUUCACUAUUAUUACCAUUAAACUGGUGAGCUCACAAAUAUUUGUUAAAUAAGUAAAACGCUUUUUGGCUGUAAUGGGUUAUCAGUGUACUUUUUUAUCAACUGGGAGGCUAGCAUCUUUGGCCUAAAAUGUGUAUAUAUUUUGUACAAAAUGAACAAAUGGAUAGAAAUAAAUAUAGGCAUUAAAAAUGUCUUUGUUUUCAUUAUAAAAUUAGUCAAACUACUGAACUUAAUUUACCAUUAGCAGAUUGAGCACACUCUAUUUUUAAAUCAAGGUACAAUCCAUGCAUUAGAAUGCAAACAAAUUCAUCUGUAACAUUUCUCUCAGUAAGGCUGGACAUUGCAACAAGGAAAACUGCUGUCUGCUAUAUUGUGGACAAUGAGAUUUACAUAUUCCAUUUAAGGCUAAUGCAACAACAACCAUUCAUUGUCUAAUUAAGGUUUAUUUAUCUUUGAUUUUGAUACAGUUUACAAACUUUGGAGUGUAGAAUAUAUAAACAUUUCCUCAAGUGUAUUGUGUUUUGAAUAGCAAACCAAGUAUGUAACAAUAAUAGCUGCUUUUGUGUACAUUUUGCCAUCAUAAAGUUAGAACAGGUUUUGGUUGCUGCAAUAUCUAAUGUCAUCAUUUCAGAAUAUACUGUUUUUGAGGACUGAACAUGAAAUUAACUGGGUUAAAUUAUUUGUGUGGUUAUCAACUUUAUGCCACGAUGCUAUUGGUUAAACUUGACUUGUAUUGAAUCAGAACAUUCAAGUUUGGAGUAGUGUGAUUUAUUUUAAUAAGA